AUGGCCACAGAGCCCCCACGGCCGGCGGGGCGCCCCGAGGGCGGGCGCGGGUGCUGCGUAGGCGGCGGGCGCGGCGAGACGGAGGAGGCCGAGGCCGCGGCCCAGCCAGUGCUCAGCGCCUCCCCGGACUCCGCGGCUGCGGGGGACGGCCGACGGCGGCCGCUGAACGGAUGCGUGCCGCUGUCGCACCAGGUGGCCGGGCACAUGUACGGCAAGGAUAAAGGCGGCAUACUGCAGCAUCCAGAUGGAACUGUCCUGAAGCAGUUGCAGCCGCCACCUCGUGGUCCCAGGGAGCAAGAGUUCUACAACAAGGUGUAUGACUCCGACUGUUGUGACAGCAUUCUUCUGGAACUGCGGGAAUAUCUGCCAAAAUACUUUGGUGUCUGGUCACCACCUACUGCACCAAAUGAUAUAUAUCUAAAACUGGAAGAUGUGACCCGUAAGUUUAAUAAGCCAUGCAUAAUGGAUGUAAAAAUAGGUAAGAAAAGUUAUGAUCCAUAUGCUUCAGCAGAGAAGAUACAGCAGCAGGUCAGCAAGUACCCCCUGAUGGAAGAGAUCGGCUUUUUGGUUCUUGGAAUGAGGGUGUACCACGUGUCUUCGGACAGCUAUGAGACGCAAAACCAGCACUAUGGAAGGAGCUUGACCAAGGAAACAGUAAAGGAUGGCAUCUCAAAGUUUUUCCACAGUGGGUACUGCUUGAGAAAAGAUGUGGUAGCUGCCAGCAUUCAGAAGGUUGAAAAAAUUUUGGAGUGGUUUGAGGGCCAGACACAACUCAACUUCUAUGCAAGCUCAUUGCUGUUUGUCUAUGAAGGUUCAUGUCAAGCGACAACUGUGCGGUUGAGUGAUGUCACCUUGUCAGAGAAGAGAAGGGUGCCCAAAGGCCUGUUAGCAGGUGGAGAUGUAUUGGAGUAUAAUAAUAAUAUUAAUGUAAUAAAUUCUACAGAGAAUGGAAAAAUUGAAGCCUCUGUAAGUAAAAGCUUGUCUGAAUUUUAUGCACUUCACAAAAAGGCAUGCUCGAAGAAGCACCACAGUCAGCUCUCUCUAAAAGUUGAAAACUCAGAGCAAGACCAUGUGUGGAAAACCAGCACAUGCAUUACACAGGAGCACCUAAAUGGAAAUGUUCUACCCCAACUGGAAAAAGUUUUCUAUCACAUGCCAGCAGAGACCAAGGAAAGUGCAAAUGUUGAAGUUCGAAUGAUUGAUUUUGCUCAUGUGUUUCCUAGCAACGCAAAGGAUGAGGGCUAUAUUUAUGGUCUGAAGAAUCUAAUCAGAGUACUGCAAAAUAUUUUGGAUAACUGAAUUCUUUGCUAUGUUUUUUAUUGGGGGCCAAUGAUAAAGAGCAACAACAUGAAGAAUUUCUGCACUUGCAGUGCUGUAUAACUGGGUUUGUAUUGUUCUAUAUUUUAUUUGUCUUUGUACUUUUGGUAGAAGGGUUUAACUUUUUUAUAAUUUCACUCAGGAAAAAUACUGAUAGUUAAUUAGGAAGUGUGAAAGGAUGAAGAUAUUUGAGAUAAAGCAGGAUGAGUAAAUUAAUAGAAUGAAAUUUAUGUGGUUGACUUAAGUCCAAGAACUACCAGAAGCAAGGGUUAUGUUAGUUCCUCUAAUAACUUUAGCAUAGAUUAUGUUUUUGCCCAUUUAACUUUGACACUGAGCCACAUCUCCAUUAAGAGGUGUUUAGAAAAUAGACUGAAAGUCGUAAGGUGCAGGAUUGAUGUCUGCAGUACUGCCCUUGUGUUUACUGUAUUUGAAUAACUGGAGUAACUCUGCAUGGAGAGAAAUCCUGUUCUGAAGCAGCAGUCUCACCUGAAGCCAAUGCAUCCCAAAGUGCUUUUCCAUGUCAUGGGACAAUAUUGUUCUUUCAGUCCUUCCCCCUUUGUGGAUGUCUGUAGCCGAUGUUCACCACAGAUGAGCUAUCAUGUAAUUUGUGUUGAGGUGCUAAGAAAAUGCUGGAGUACAAUAGCAUAAUAGGCUUGAACUGCACAACUUCUAGAGAAACUGUUUGUUCUUAAGUACAAGUGAAAGAAGGCAAAUGCAAGAUGUUCAGGAGCUAAUUUGGUUUAGGAGAUUGUCAGUCUGUUAAUGGAGUGUCUGAUGCUGUGAUUAAGGAAAGUGUCUCACUCUGUUCUCAUGGCCCUGCUCUAACAACAUUGCUUUAAAAAGCAAACUAAUAGAAUGGGGAAACAAGUGUUUUGGGUGAGUGUACAGAGCUCUUCUGGAUGUAAUCAACUUUUAUUUUUGCAGUGAGUGUUUGAUGCUUCCACUGCUGGGGAGCACUGACUGGAACCACAAGCAAUACAGGUGGAAGAGCCUCCUGUGAGAUCAUUUAGCCUUGGAGCCACUAGGUGUGCCACCGCUUGUGCCAGUGGAGCUGUGGCUCUCCCGUCCUGGGGCUGCAGACACUGCAGGUUUCUUUAGUGACAUACAGGCAAGCUGUGUUAUUUGAAAGCUGUCCUAUUUCCUUCCUUUUCACAAGAAAAAUUCAACUUCUGUGUUGAAGACUUGAGAUCAGUAUGAUGUGUCCAAAGCAAUUUUGGUGUAUCUCUUCUGUAUGCUGUGUAUGUAGCUGUGCUGCCAUGCAUAUUACAGUGAGCUGUAUGAAAAGUGGGAAUGGAGGAGUCUUGCCAUCCCUAGAGUAAGAUUUUAAUGCUUAAAGCAUUUCCAGGAUGAAAAUGUUUUAGAAUGGAUUUGGUCAUUGGAAACAUACAUCUUUUUCAUGUGGACUUAGUGACCCUAUGGCCUUGCUGCUCUCUCUGUAUGAUGUUCUUCACUAUGCACUCAGCUGUGUACAGCUUGACAAGUUCAUUGGACAUCUGUUUUCUACAUGACAAAAAGAUUCAUAUUUUUCAAGCAAAUACGCUUGAAAUAAUAGUUUUUUUAAUAAAGCUGAAUUUUUAGCUCUAUUUGAGAGCUUGGUUUAAUUGGGAGAAACAGGGUAUUACUGUGUAUAGAAUUACAUGGUUUAAACUUUAGAGCUCCAAUUGGCCAAUACAUUCAAGACUGAAACCAACCUUUUAGUAACAUGAUAUUUCAGAAGUAUGGGAAAAGGGGCUUGCAGGAAGGGUGAAAAUUCCAGUGUGUUGAAAAUUUUAUGGGAAAUACAGUGAAAUCUGACAGGGGAAGUACCAGGAAGAGAGGGACUUUUUUCCUACCUGGUAUUUCUCUUGCACCUUAUAGUUAAUAUAUUCCCAACUCUCUGUGAUUUGAUUAAUUUAAGCCAUAUUUUAGAAAGAGUUUGUGGUUUUGAUUGCUUUUUCACUGGUUUCUCUGUUAUAGUUUUGUUGUUCUAUCCCGUAAAUAGUCAAUGCUAGAGUAGUCCAGACUGGUAGUGGCCUUGUAUGAUAAAGUUACAAGGUUUUAUAAGAAAAUAUGGGCAAAACCAUUUAAACAUCAUCAUUUUUGUCCUCUAUAAUUCAUCUCUUCUGGAUUUUAAUCCAUUUUGUACCAGAGAAAUGAGGCAUUUUCCUCAAGUCAGUUAUUGGAAAAUGAUUAGUAUGCACUUAGUACCAUGCACUCACCUGUUUCUGCUUUAAGAUACAUGUCCUCAGUGUUUGAAUGCUCUUUAAGUAUUGAUUGUUUUGUUGGCUAUGGCAGUAUUUGUAACACGCCUGGAAUAUUGUCAACCUGUCAGAAUAUUUUGAAUAAAAAAAUUUUAUCAUGGUUUUUGUACCAGUAGUUAUUAUGAAUGUAUUUCUGAUAAUUUAAAAUGUAGCUUAAGAAAUAACAGUAUUUUUCAUUGGAAAUUGUGUAAAUAAAGCUUGCCGUGGAGAUGUUUGGAUAUAGUGCCAGCUGUGAGUUUGAGCCUGCAGAGGCCUUACAUUCACACUGUUCUUGCAGAUUUUAGACAUGAUGUGUCUUGUGUCUGAGCCAAUUGUUUUCAGUUACAGUUGGAAAUGUAUUUACAGAAAUCAUUAAGCAUUACAGAAAUCAAUAAAUGAAUCAUUAAAUGUAGAGUUACAUUUCUAUGUAAUUAGAAAAUGAAGAGGGAGACAAUGGGUCACUGAACUGAUGGGUACUCUCAAUGAUUGAUCUCCCUCUCUCUCAGCAAUGCCCCUUUUGUUCUCUGGACAAAGAAUGCAGGAUAGGCAACCAUUACAUGGAAAUCUUUACUGGAAUGGUUAUAAGGCUUGUAGAUAUUUAUGUCCCAUAAAACAGUGGGUUGCUGCCCCAGCCUAGUGUGUAGCUGGGUGCUAGGCCUGUUGAGGAAACUGAUGAUUAUAUGCAAUAAGAGUUGGAUUUAGCAGAACCAACAGAACUCAUGCAGUAUUUUCACUCAGGGACUCUGAGAAUAUAGGCUUCUGAAGCCUUUCUGCCUAGGUGAUGUGAGAACUGGGCUUAGGCUUACCUAAGGAGAACUUGAGAUGUAUAAAUUUUAUGAAAAACAUUUACAAAUGUAUUUUUGAAUAUGGGUGAAAUUUGUUGCAUAAAUUGCAUUGGAAGUUAUUAUGCCACUGAAAUAAUUAGAAUAAUUUAAUCAGUUUGUUUUAUGAACUGAACUGGAGACUUUACUUGUAGUUGUGAUUCUGAUGAAACUUGGACUGUUUCAUUUUUUUUCUACUGUAGUGCAUAACCAGAGCAUUCUUUUCCAUAAUUGCACAAUUUCAUGGAGAACUUUUAAAAGUACUGAGUAGAUUAGGAAAUCACUAAUUUCCAUUAAAUUGAUUAAAAGAGUGUGUAUGUUAUGAAAAUAUUUCAGUGCAUGUACUAUUGUAAGUAAUGUUAACAUGCCGUGAGUCUAGAACCUCAGUAAAACUUCUCACCUGCACUGAGCUCCUGAUCUGAGUCUGGAUUGUGCAGAGUUUAAAAUGGGCCUUCUCAGCUGUAACAGCAGCAGUGGUGAAGGAAUGGCUCCACCUGGCCAUAUCAGAUGUGCAAGAGUGUUUACAUUAUGAACCUAAAAUUAUUGGAGUGACUUGCUCACUUCAUGAUGCGAAGCACAAUCAAAUGUAGGAUGACACUGGAAGAGUGAAGACUCACAUCCACAGUUGCUGUUUAAAUUUAGGAUUAGUUGUUCAUUCUCCUAAUUUCUUUAGGGUUUUUUUUCCCUACAUGCAAUUUCCUCCUGAGUGGCCUUGCCACAGGUGACAUCAUGAUGGCAAUUUGUAUAUCCUAAAAAGCUUUUGCCCUGUAACUCCUCAUGAAGUGACACUAUUGAAAAACACCGUAAAAUGUGUCGAAUACUGUGGGAAUACGCUCUCCCCUGAACAAGCAGGAAUGGCUGCUGGUGGACAGCAUGAUUUGAUGGGAGACUGGAUCCAUAGGCUUUGUGCACGUUCUUUACUCAUGAGCUGAAGAGGACGUUCUGGAGGCAAGGUGAGUGACAGCUGAAUUUUGUGGAGUUUUGCUUCCCUCACUGCAGUUCAGGUGGAGGUUUGGGUUUAAGGAGGUAGUACAGCAGAGAGCAGUGAGAGUUCCUAAGGAGACCUGAGCAGGACACUGGGUCCAUGCUGUAUCACAGAGAAUGGCUACAAGUAAAAUACAAAGGCUGCAGAUCUUUGGGUGUCCCACAGACAAUAUAUAUAUUGUGCUUAUUCAUUGGGUUAAGACAGGAUGGUAUCUGGGAAGUGCAUUCAUCACCAUAGCCAUGGGUGAAAUAGUGUCUGUUUUUCAUGUACACAGCAAUCUGUAAACAGAAGCUGCAGUAGAAAAUAGUCAUCCAAAGGGAAAAUAUGUUCGAAAGGGAAAAAUAAGCAAACUAAGGGUUGUACCACAGAAAACAUAUUUCAAUAAAUAUCUUUAACUCUGGUCUUGUUUAGUGGAGAUGGGCCUUGUGGAUUUGGAGUUAAACCUGUUACACGACAUUCAGUAGUGAAGUCAGAACAAAGGUACUUCAAAACACUGUAGUUUGAAUUAUGUACAUUGGUUCAAGUAGUUAUUUCAUAGGUCACAUUUUAAAAAAGAAAGUAACUUCCAAAUGCAAUGUGUUGCAUGUGACUAAAUGAAGCUACAGUGCACAAAGACACUUUAAUCCUCUGGGAACUGUAUUGGAAUGUAGAUGAAACCAUGUGAAAUUGCACCUGAUGUGUUUUCAAUAAUUUUUGAGAUUUAAAGUUCUACAUUCAGUAUGGUUGAUGAAUGAAUGUCUCUAGUCUAGUCUCAGUUUCUUUGAUCUAAGUGUCUAAAAGUGCCCCUUAAUCUCCUCUGAUCUGUGUUUGUAAUUUCAUUUGCUAUUUUCUGACAUUCCUGGACCGUAGGGAGCAUUGUUAAUACUACCUAUGUUUAUUCUAUAGGACAUUGUGCUGUGCUACCUGCCAACUUUUGUAACAUAAUUAUUAGUAAUAUUUAGGGUCAUUCUAAUAGCUGUAUAUUUGGAAAAUUAUUAAAAUUUUCUGCAAGUGA